UGCACGCAACUUAACACUCCACGCUCAGUUAACGCACUUUCUUCUUCAUUUAAAGUUUUUCUAGUCUACAGGAAACUUGACAACGUUUCUUGUGUGUAUAACCUGCAGAAGAAAUGGCCGGGUCUGAUGAUGACAAACACCGACGCUUGCACAGACAAAACAAAGGACUUUUUGCCUUCUUAAAUCUUGACGAAGGUGACGAUGCUCUAACUGAUGCCGAUGCUGAUGAGGCACCACCAAGACCAGACCCAGAAACUUCGAGGAAGUCUAGACGAGGCCAAGAAAGAAAAAUGGAUGAUUCUGAUCAGCCACCGACUGUUCGUGAUGAAGUGAGGCUGGACAUUGAUGCAACACCACCAAGCGAGGAUGCUACACAAUUGGGCCAACAAGUACUUGAUGAAGGAAAAUACCGACCAAGACAAAAUCCAAAAAGGGGAUUAUUUAAAGAGGAAGGUGACAAAGCUCUAAUCUAA